AUGUCUCUGAAAAAGUUUCAAAUUUUGGCGUCUGCUCUGCUGUUUACAGCUUCCAUUUCAGGUGUCCUUGGAGCACCUUUUCUGACAGAAGAAUCAGCAAAUCAAUUUAUACGACUCAAAAGACAGAUACCAUAUUCUCAGAACUAUUGGGACCCAAGCAGCAGCCAGAAUGCAUGGGGAUACACUGUGGCAGAACAGAUUAGUGAAUCAUGGACAGCUUUGAGAGACACAGCACAAUACUACAUGGACUUGGGUUCUUUUGCCUUUGAUCCUUCGAUUGCUAGCGACAACAUCAGAACUUACAUGGACAUGCUACAGCAGUCUGGGACUCACCUCCAGCAGCAGACAAGGAUGAACUAUUAA